ACACACACAAAACAACUUGUAUCAUUGCUCACUCUAGCUCACUUCAAAUCAGUCCUCCUACUGCGUAACACAAUGGAUACAAGCGUGCUUAUUUAUUUUCUUGUCAGCUUGAUUUCCAUAUCGGGUGUAAGUAAUGAGGAGCCAAUGUGCGGAUCAGCCUGCGCUCCAAGAUUUGAACACGACUAUCAGGUACUACAGAAAAUUGCAGACCUGGAAGCAAAACAAACAAGUUUACAGGAGACUAUCACCAGCCAACAAAACCAAUUAACUUCACAACAAAAUAUGAUAGAAAAUCUGCAGCAAACACUUGCAGACAAUAAAGCCUCUCAGUGGAGUGACUGGACUACUUGGGGUGACUGUUUCACGUCGUGCUCGGGAAACAAUGGCGGACGAAUUCAAACACGGUCAAGAGAAGCAAAUGUUGACGGAAGUAAAAAGUCUGAACAAGAAAGCCGUCCCUGCAAUUCAGUUCAGUUUAGAGGUUGUGUUCAGACUUCAGGGAAGAACGAUAAUUUUGCAGUAGCACAUGACUACGCUGACCAGAUGGCCCAGUCCACGUGCACUGCUUUACUGACGGGCAAUAACUACGUGUUUGCGGUGAGGAGGCAUUGCUCUACGUUGUCGUCAAACUGUGAAAUUGUGUGCAGCAACCUGGGGAAGAAGUGUUUCAACGCUCUUCAUGUGUACAAUGUUAACGCAUUGGCAAGGGACGCCACAGGAACAGCCGGCCUCAGAAUGUAUAAAUACAACAACUGUGGCGGCGGAUGCGGACCAAAUUUCUGUUGUUGUUCUGGAGCUUAACUGAGACUAGAGAUCGGCAGACAGCCCCAGUAUCAGUCUUAAAUAACUGUGACUAAUCAAAAGUCUAGACAAUUCCAUUUUAAAAAGCAUAGGUUUUUCCUAUUAAAUUUAAUUUAAAAUGUAAAGUAAUUAAAGAUGUGUCGUAUA